AUCUCGAGCAUGAAUUCUGUAAUGAGCACUCAAGAAAAAGAAGCAAAGACUCUAAUGACGAUUUAGCAAACAUUUUGCAAACCCCAAAGAAACUGUGUGGAUUCCCUAGUUCAAGGUGAUUCUGCUGUCAGUAAUGUGCCGUUCCUGUUUAAUGACAGUUCUAACAGCAGCAGAGACUUAACAGGUCAACUGUUACCAACAGAAAAAGAGAGAUGUGCCAGUUUGCCCCAAACAAUUCAACAUGAUUUAAAAACUGCAUCUAUGGACAAUCACACAGACUUGCACCAAGACAGCAAUAAUCAAAUUGCCUGCUGUACACUUGAAGACAGAUUUGCAAAUACAGCGUCAAAAGAUCACAGAAUAUCGAUCAUUCGUAUGAAUAAAAGUGUAAUGCAGGGUUUGCCAGACGUAAAAUGUCCUGAUAUUCAGGUUGAGGACAAAGGAGUGUUCAAGAGCAAUACAUUGCACAACCCUGGCCUUACAAUAAAUGAUGAAAUAUCCGAAGUGGUAAAAGAACAUCUGAACACGUCACUGCAAGUGGAUGGUGGUGAAAACAUUAAUGAAGAACCAGAAACAAACAAAACAUCCACACCAACCAACAGUGAUGCUCUUAAGAACACUCAGAGAAAGAAUGAAAUGAUAGCUGAGUUUGCACAAGUAAAACUCUGCAGUUCUCACACAUCUCAAUGUGAAUAUUCUGUUGAUGAUCGAGUGAAUAUUGACAACACAGGUGACUGUGUGAAAAGCAAAUAUCUAGAAAGACCUCCCACCGAGAACGAAGUUAAAUUGGACCAACAAGAAUUUGGAUUCCUUAGCAAUAGUCCGUUUGAGUUGGUGAAGAGCUUCAGUGUAGGAAGAGAAAAUUCUGACAAUCAUAAUGGACCUGUGCCACCAGAUUUAAAAAAGGUACCCGAAGAAAACAAUGUCCUUUUUGCAGUACCAACUAAUAAUCAUCCAGAAUUAAGUACAAGUCAUUCAAAUGGUUUCAUCGAUGGAGAAAGUGGCAAAAGUAAAGAAACUAUACAACUGACAUUGAUGUCAACUUGUAAACAGAGCCCCGAUUUAAUUUUGCCUGUCACCGUGGCUGAGGCGCAAAAUCAGUUCUUUCAGAUGAAAAGCGAGACUAUAACAAUCACUAAAUCAGUUGACAAUACAACGCAAGCAAAUACGUCUGUAAUCACUGAUCAGAAUGGAUUUAAUCUUUUAUCACACACACAAAAGAAGCUAGGUAUCUCACCUGAAGAAAACAGCAUGUCAGGAGUCUCUAAAGAUGCUUGUAAUGUUACAGUUUCCAAAAGAUGCUCAGUAGCAGUGGUGAACCACAUUGGCUCAGACAUGCUUAUUAAGGAGAUGGUGAAGUCUGUGGAAACAAGUAACGCAAAUAUGGCAGCUAAAUUUCAGCAGGUGGUGGAGUUAAACACUGUUUCACAUUUUGACACUGAGUCCACAGUUCAGAUUAGAAAAAACAAGGAAUGCUCUUUCAAUUCAGACAGAGCUGAAAAUGUUCAGGAUACAGAUUCUAGUCGAAUUAAAAUGCUAGCAUACCAAGAAUGUGCUGGAGAAAAACAUGGUUUCAUCAUACAAGAACAUCUUAAUAGUGAAAAUGAUACAAAAGAAAAAAACAUGGACCUCGAAAGCCAUAAUUGUCUGCUACUUAAAGGUUCUAAACCUUGCCAGACUGUAGCAUUCUGCACUUCAGAGCUAGGAAAAGAUAGCCAAACACAAAUCAUCCAAAGUGUCAUUAUCAGUGAAAAGCCCCCUAACUUUCCCCAGAAUGAAGACCAAUCACUGUAUACAGAGGACCAUACACUGCAUAGGACAAUUCAGGAACAGCGUGUGAAUGUUCAACAUGAAAAGAAGCAUUCAGACCAACAGCAUUUUCAAGACUUAUCCAUCCUUUCUAAGUCUGUCCAAAGACCGGAGCAGAUAGAUACAAGAAAGGCAAAUAACCCAGACCUUACAUUUUCAGCAUCUAAAUCAUUAAAUCCAAAAGAACCUCUUCAAGUUGAAAUUGAAUCUACUGAAAAGGCCAAUGGGGAGAAACAACAUACAACAAUUAAUGGUUCAAGACUUGUAUUUUCAAGAACUAAUGAAGAGCGGCAGAGAGGAAAGUUAAAGAGAUACAGGAAAGCCCACUUCACAGCCCCUUUGAGCUCAUCCACAGACUCAACACCUGAUUCGUCCUUAGAUGAGAAAGCUAAAUCCAGAGUACAUAAAAGCACUAUUGCCACUUCAUCUGGCACACCUGCUCCCGGAAGACUAAAAACAGAAAAUAGAAAAAACUCAGCUGAUGAAUCAAAUACAUCUCUAUCUUUAGAAAUUAUUUCAGUAUCAGUAGAAUCAAAAUCAAAACAGAAUCAGUCUUAUAGGACUGGCUCUGACAAUCCUAACCCUUACAUCAGAGAUCUUACCACUGAUAAAGUGGAGAAAUUGAGGGAUGAAAAAUAUAAUCUUCCUGCAAAAUUAUUUCAAAUUCCUAGUCUACAAAAGAAUUGUGAAUCAAGUCACCAGUUAACGGGUGCCAAUUCUACUAAACACAUAUUAAAUGAAAAUAACCACGAAAAAGCAAAAUCAUUUGAGAAGGAUUCCAUCCCAAAUAGAGAACCUUUUCUGCAUUUUAGUUCAAGUGACAUCAACCCCUUUGUUCAUACAAGAAAAAAGGAUCGGUUACUUAAAACCGCAUACAAAAAUCAGCCAUUUGGAAGUGCAGUCAAUAUAAAUAGUCGAUUAUCCUCACUUAAAAGUUCUAACAGUGGUAUAACAAGAUGCUGCAGUAUGGAUAAUGGGCUAAAUGUCCAGAAUUCUCCUUUUAGUUCUCAUCUGAGCACUUAUGCAGUUCAAAAGGGGCUUUCGAGCACAUUGAGUAGUACUGAAGAUUCCAAAGAGCAUAUUUCCACAGAGCCCAAGCUAAAAGAAUCUUUUCAUACCCCAACUAUUUGUAAAGAGAAGAUCUUAACAGCUUCAGGCAGUGACUCUUGCAAUGAUACUUUAGAGCUAGCCAGUGGCUCAGGUCAAGUAGAUGAAAUAGUGCUCGUCUACUCUUCUGACCAUGAGGAAAGUCAGGACAGUAACCAAGAAUCAAGAAAAUAUGACCAGGGUACACAGACAGUCAAGUGUUAUGAAGACUUGGAGAAGAAAACCAAACACAGGAGAAGCAGUACCCAGGUUCCUGUGUCCAAACCAUCGACCACAUGGACAAGUCUUCAGAAUAUGUCUGAACAUCUUUCUGAGUUAAUUGUCAGCACUUCGGAUCUUCUGGGGAACAUACAGUGUAUGAGAACAGGGGAAAGUUCUUUGAAAAAUGGGACUCCAUUAACAACCUUCAAUAAAGUUUCGAAAAUACGCUCUAACAAGUCCUGCAAGACUGUUUACUCCACCCAAACUGGCACAGAUGUUGGGAUCCAAACUGAGGAUGUUGCAUGUAUGAAACAGAACUUUCUCCAGAGCUCCCAACCCAUAGAGAAACCCAAAUCUCAUGAGGUCAGUGUUAUUGUGAAAGUUAUUGGCUCUGAACUUUGCAGCAUACCAAAGCAAGAUGGUGCCAUCAAACCUAUUAAAGAGCCUUGUGAAAGCAGACAGACCUUUGGAACUGUUAAAAGUAUGCCUGAUUUACAUCCUACAGGCUCACCUUUUUUUGUGCAGUUUGGUGGAAAUUCAGAAACUGAAAAUAAUCCCUCUCUAGAAACCGUUGCACCAAAUCAGUGCUGUUUCAAUCCUAUCAAAGGAGACCAUAAAACUUCCAAAUCAUUUGCAGUUUGUGCUCAGAGAAAAUGCCAUUCUCAGACGUCGGCAAGAGACAAUCAAAAACAUCAGCAAAUAAAGCCAAAGAAUAACCUUGAUGAAAGGGUGUUACUUAUAGACCGUGCCUCCUCACCUAUUCUCACUGUGGAUGUUUCACGUUUAACGAAAAGAAGAAUCAAAUCUGGGACAAUCCAGACCCCCACUGAGGCUCUUUCACAACUUGUCAGAAAUACAGCUGAAAGCAAACCAGUGUACACCAGUAAUCCCCAAUCUCAUUAUCAAACUGAAAACAAAUCAGGGAUUUCCGUGUCUCUUGAAAACCUAAGCAUCCACAGUUGUACAAAUUUAGGUGCACCAGAUGCAUGCUCUACAGAAGUCUCAUCCAGCAGAUACAUACAAAAUGAAAGAAAGAAACACCCUAAUGGAGUGCAAAGCAGAGUUUCAAGCCAGGCUAUUUGGUGCAGUCCCUGGAAUUAUAAUAAUGACUCUUCCUCUGUCAAAAACGGGCAACCUGCAGACUUGAACCAAAACAGAUUACAAUCAUCAACACCCAUUAAUCAAAGCCACAUCGCCAGCAGACAGAAUUAUAAACACAGAAUCUAUAAAGAUGUGAGCUGCUGCAGGGAUCCGAUCAAAGACACUCUCCAAUACCAAGACGAAGACAGCGUGUCUUUGGUUCCGAGUGACUGUAAUACAGAUAUCCUGCUCAGCAUCAACCCACUCAGUGAAACCAGUCCACUCCAAGAGGACUUUUGGAUUCCUGAAAACCUGCCAAUGCACAACAAGUUCAACAACUGGUCAGGAAUCAGUCAGCAGCCACCAGCCAGGCUUACUAACGAAAACAAUACAGCUGUGGCGAAAUCUCCAGAUAUCAAAACACAUAAUCCACACCUAUGUUCAGUAGAGUCAAAGAGUUUCAGGUAUAGGCAUAAAACAGAGGUGUUGGAAUCAGCAGAUACAAGGAGCAAAGAAAUUGAAAAACUGAGAAAGGAACGGGAGCAGGUACUUGCCUCUACGCAAUUAGAUCUCAGUCCUCAUCUCCUUAGUGUAGAGCUGAAAGAGGCCAAGUUGCACUAUGGCCUGGAAAAGACAGACACUCUUUUAAAGAUGCUGAAGUCCAGUUCGAGAGCAGACUCUACCGUCUCUACUAAACAGCAGCUAUAUGACAGACACAGGAGGAGUAUUGAUGGUUUGAGAAAGGAAAGAGAAGAUCGCCUUCAGACGUCCCGCCGAGCUCGAAGUCUCAGCCCAAGCAAGCAUCCAAACCCACCAGAUCACACUACAGAGCAGUCUAGGAAAACUGUGGAUUCACCCAGCCGGCAGCGGGAAUAUCUUCAGCACCUACGCAAGGAAGUAGUGGAGAUGAGCAGAGUUCCUGAUCCACCUAGAAGAGAUGGUCAGUAUCCCACUGAUAUUGAACUCCUGCUGCGUGACUACGGUCGUGCACGUGAGGAGGCGAAGACGGAGAUUGCCAGAGCGCGAGUGCGGUUACGUGAGAGGAUGGAGCAGGAAAAGAGGAGAUUAGAGCAACAGGCUCUGGCACAGUGUGUAAAGGAUCAUUUGAGGCUUUGUACACGUGUCAGUAACAGCACCUUGUGCACUGGCUCCAACCUAAGUCUCUCUUCUGGACCUACAUCUGGCUACAACAGCAGUAAUGCAGCUCUGUUGAAAGAUGGCAUCUCACCAUCUAUACAGAUUAAUGGAGUCUCAGAGAGGGAUUCAAAAGGAAUGUCUCGAACUCCCAUGAUCUCACCUCAAACUUUAAAGGCUCCUCGUGCAUGGCUUUCAGCUCAGGAUAUUUGCAUGGAGAGCUCCUCCUACUCUCCUAGAUAUAAGCUUCAUUCCUCUUCCUCUCCUUCAUCUCCUCCUGGACGACAGCGUACCUGUUCCUUUAGCUCUCCCUCAUCAAUUUCGGUUUCUUACCAAAACACUGCAGACUGUACUCUCACAAGUGCCAUAUCAGAGGUUCAUUUAGCCUCUGGAGGAAAUCUAAGGAAUCUGCUGGCAGGGAGUGCAGAUGCUGGCUGGAGACACCAGGGCUUGGAGAACGGUGUUCAGACCUUCCAUCGGCCCUCAUCCAGACCUUCUGCUCAUGGGUUUUUGGGUGCCAUGGAACUGGAGAGACCCAAGGCUAGUUUGUGGAGUUUAAUCCGUGAUCACUCCAAAAUUCAUCUCUACAACAAAUCUCUAAAGUCUGCCUGGACACAUGUAUUAAAUGACACUACACAACUAGUGUACCUGCUGACCGAUCCUUCCAACUGUCAUAUGAAGCAGCCACGGGAUUUCUGUUGCCUGAGCACUGAGUCGAAAAGGGAGGAUAUGUGGGUGUUAGCCAUGCAGUCUGUAUUUGAAGAGUCUCUUCCUAGACCAAGUGCGGACACCGUACGUGGCGAGAUGUUUCCCAGUGCAUGGAUUCUUCAGCGCAGCCAGCUGCAGGGUCGAGAGACUGUUAUCGUUAUCUAUCUACUACAGGUUGAUUUAGGAACUCCAACCCUACCCCAGAGACUGCUGAAUGUAGUCGCCAGGAAGCAAGCAGCUGUAAUCUCUGACCUUGAUUCUUUUUUAUCCUCAUGACAAAACAGGUUACUAAUGAAAACAUAUUUAAAAGCUUGUAAUUGACGUUUGUGAUAUUUGCACCUCAUUACUCUUUUUCUAUGUUCUGUUUUUUUUUCUCCUCAGUGCACUGGUUUUUUUUUUUUUAUUUGUGAAAUGACAUUAAUACUUUUUUCUACAUUGUGCAUACUAUUUAUGGUGCUUGUGUUGCCAAAGACUGGAAAAAGAAUUUAUAUAGGAAUAUUUAAGGUUAAUUUAAAUCACCCAUAAGCUCUUUUUGUAGAAGUACUUGGCAUUGAAAUGGCUCUGCACACAUCUCUAUAUAACAUAAUCCAGUAAAUCAAAUCCAGUAUUUCUGUGUGUGUAGCGAAGUGAAUAUUCCAAAUCUAAGAUGAUUUAUUUGAAACUUUUUUACUGAGCAUGUCAGAAUGUAUAGUAUGCAGCACAAUGCUUCUCUGUGUACAUGCACCAUACAGUGUAUAUAUAAGCAUGUAUGUGUGCAACUAUAUAUGCACAUCUAUAGGCAUAGCACACGUUUACUUUUCUGCACUACACUAGACUUAAAGUCAUAGAAUGCAUAAAAUUUACGAGUUGUCUUUUUUUUUUAACUGACUAUUGCCACUUAGUGGCAUUUGCAGUAUUUAAUCUAAACGAUUCUCUACAAUGAACAAAUUUCAUCACACACACUAUCAUAGCAAACCGAAUGAUUUAAUACAUAUGAUUAAGAUAGGGCUAGUCUCACAGUAACCCUUUAUUUAACAUUUGCUCUGUAUGGCUGUUUAUGAUUUGAGUGGCCACUAUAGUGAUAAGGCUGUAUGAAGUGUCCCUGAGACUGAACUCAUAAUUUAGAUUGGAGAAAUUCAAAUCGAAAUACUGUAUUUAUUUUUUAAUAGCUGUUGCUGUAUGGAGUAAAUAAUGAUCAUAUCUCGCCAGUCUGUAUUGCAUUAACAUACUGCACAUGUAAAUUCACUUUAUAAAUACAAAACAAUUGGGACACCUGACUUUUCCAGCCAUAUAAGGAUCUUCCUCCAAACUGUUACCACGAAGCAUUUAGUGGAACAUAUUCCUAGAAAAAGGGAGGUUAUUAUAACAGCAAAUGAGGAUUAACUGUCUAAUGGAAUGUCCAAAAAAGCGCAUUGAAAUAUUGUCAGGUGUCCACAAACUUUUGUCCAUAGACAAUAUAUAGCAUUGAAUGCAGUCAUCAAAACUCCUUGUAUAGUCAAAUUACCUACUGACUGCAUAAUAAGGAUUCAGUCAGGAUUUAGUAAAGCAAUAGUUUACAUUUAUGCAAAUGUAUCUUUUUUAAUAAUUAUAUAAGUGAAGGAAAGGACUUGAGAUGGAACGUUUCUCAGUUCUCUUUGACAAUUUUAUUGUAUAUAGCAAUAACAAAAGAAAAAUUGCUUUAUAUAGUCACUUCUAUUUAAAUGUUAAACAAUGUAUAAAAUGCAUUUUCAAAAAAAUUUAUUUGUUAUGGCUUGUUUUUUUUUAUGUAAUACAUGUUUGUUUUUGCAUAUUUAUGUUUUUAUACUUUUGUGGAAAUAUAAACCGUUCAUUUUCAAAAAGAGUUGCCAAUUGUUUUUGUUCCAACUUGGUAACCCUUUCCCACCCACCUGUCAGCACACUUCUAUCAUAUUACACCUACCAACUGGGGAGGGUGAAGGCUAACAUGUACCACUGGCUGUGAUUGCCUGGAGAGUUAGUGUUAUGGUAUGUGUAAAAUGAGCUUGAAUUAUGCUAGCACUUACAUGCUGCAGCUAAAUGGUGCAAAACAAAUGUAU